CAAAAUGGUACAUAAAAACAGUACACAUAACUGCGCAGCGAAUUACUUGCCGCACUCAUGCGCAUUGAAAAUCUGCAUCAAUGCGCAAAGCGUGCAAACCCACAGAAAUUAUUUCAAAUGUAAACAAAACUUACUUUCAUGAUGGCGCAGUAAAGCUAUGUUCAGAUUUUCUUUUUUCUUACAUAUGAAGAACAUGAAAAACAGGAGGGUGUAACUUAACACCGAAAAUGAGAGGGUUUAUUAUAGCCCUGCUAUGUUUUAUUCCCUCAGUAUGGUCGGAUUUCAAAUGGUCCUCCAAAGAAUAUUCAGAACAGGCCGCCAAAACAACAUGCAAUCCGCUGAAAAGAGAAGAUUCGAAGACGUUAAAACAACAUAGUAGAACAGCUAAUUUUACUGAACUUGGAAAAGUUUUGGAUGUUGAGACAUGUGGCAUUCUUUGUUGCGAAGUCGAGUCAUGUGAUUUGGCCUUGUUUGAAAAUGACCAUUGUUACGCCGUUCAAUGUUCGGAUUUGUCGAGUUGUGAAAUGGUUUCGUCUCAAGCAAAGUCUCAAAUUAUAACGUUUACAAGAAAAUCGGGAAGUGACGUAUGGACAAAUGGAGAUCAAGGAAAAAGUAAAAACGCUGGUCCCUCUGACCAAGAAAACAAGACGAAAAUAGUUACGAAACAAGCAGCGGUUCAGAAAAGUUCUAUACCUGAAAUCACCACAGUCUCAAGUGAAAAUAAAGGUUCUGUUAUCACCUUAUCAAAUAAAGACAAUAAAGUGGAAUCUCCAAUGGAUGCCCUGUUACAUAAAGAAGUUACCAUGGUGAGAGAUAAACAGAAACAAAAUGAUGAAUCAGCUAAAAAAGAAACAGUAAAUAGAAAGAUGCCGACGGGUAAUGUCGGAGAAAAAAUACAAGAUAUCACAGAACAUUAUUUGAAAGCUGAAGAAAAAAGUGAUAUGACGGCGUUGCAAGAAAAUGAAACUAGUGUCACACAUACUAAGGCUAAAAACCAUCGUCGGGAUCUACGCCAUACGUUGAUUUCGCCUAUAACCAUUGGAGCAUUCACGUGUAUGACCGUUAUAGCUGUGAGCGGCUUUGCUAUGGCUAUCAUCAAGUAUCAACGCGAACGAAAAGAAUUUGAAGAUAAACAAACGCAAGAACCAUAGCAUUACUCCUCAUAUAUUCUCUAGACAACUUUGUACUCCGUUACCAACUCCUUUACUGUUAAUACUGUA